GCGCUGGCGCGCGGGGUGGGGCGACCUGCGGUCUGUGGGAGUGCCUCCUUCGCCUCCGCAGGGAGGAGUGAGCUGCCCGGCUGGCGAUGAGCGGCUUGGGGGACGAGGGCCCGGAGGCCGGGGCCGGCCGGGCGGGGGGCCGCUCUGAGUCCGAGGCCCCGGGCAGCGCGCUGAGCGUGGACUUGCCGGGGCUGCUGGGGCAGCUCGCGCGCAGCUUUGCGCUGCUGCUGCCGGUGUACGCCCUCGGCUACCUGGGGCUGAGCUUCAGCUGGGUGCUGCUGGCCCUCGGGCUUCUCGCCUGGUGCCGCCGGAGCCGCGGCCUCAAGGCCAGCCGCCUGUGCCGGGCGCUGGAGCUGUUGGAGGACGAGGAGCGAGCCGUGCGCCUGGGGGUGCGCGCCUGCGAUCUGCCCGCCUGGGUUCAUUUUCCAGACACCGAAAGAGCAGAAUGGCUAAAUAAGACUGUAAAGCACAUGUGGCCCUUUAUUUGUCAAUUUAUAGAGAAGCUCUUUCGAGAAACCAUAGAACCAGCUGUGCGGGGAGCAAAUGCCCACCUCAGCACCUUCAGCUUCACAAAGGUGGACGUGGGUCAACAGCCCCUUAGAGUCAAUGGUGUUAAGGUUUAUACUGAAAAUGUAGACAAAAGACAAAUUAUUCUGGACCUUCAGAUUAGUUUUGUAGGGAAUUGUGAGAUUGACUUGGAGAUUAAACGAUACUUCUGUAGAGCUGGUGUGAAAAGUAUUCAGAUUCAUGGGACCAUGCGGGUGAUCCUGGAGCCCCUGAUUGGAGACAUGCCUCUAGUUGGAGCUUUGUCCAUCUUCUUCCUUAGGAAACCACUUUUAGAGAUUAACUGGACAGGAUUGACUAAUCUCCUGGACAUCCCUGGACUGAAUGGUUUAUCUGAUACUAUCAUUUUGGAUAUAAUAUCAAACUAUCUGGUGCUUCCCAAUCGAAUCACUGUUCCUCUUGUCAGUGAAGUUCAAAUAGCGCAGUUGCGGUUUCCCAUACCAAAGGGUGUCCUAAGAAUUCAUUUUAUUGAAGCUCAGGAUCUUCAGGGAAAAGACACCUACCUUAAAGGCCUCGUCAAAGGAAAAUCAGACCCCUACGGAAUUAUCCGAGUGGGCAACCAAAUCUUCCAGAGUAAGAUUAUCAAAGAGAACCUUAAUCCAAAGUGGAAUGAGGUAUAUGAGGCUUUAGUCUAUGAACACCCUGGACAAGAACUGGAGAUUGAACUCUUUGAUGAAGAUCCAGAUAAGGAUGACUUCUUAGGAAGUCUUAUGAUUGAUCUUAUUGAAGUUGAGAAGGAGCGCCUUUUAGAUGAAUGGUUCACUCUGGACGAGGUUCCCAAAGGAAAGCUGCAUUUGAAGUUAGAGUGGCUCACACUGAAGUCAGAUGCGGCAAACCUGGAUAAGGUGCUGGCAGACAUCAGAGCUGAUAAGGAUCAAGCCAAUGAUGGUCUUUCAUCUGCACUGCUGAUCUUGUAUUUGGAUUCUGCAAGGAACCUUCCGAAUAACCCAUUACACUUUAACCCCGGUGUUUUGAAGAAGUCUGCAGUUCAGAGAGCUUUAAAGUCAGGGAAGAAAAUAAACAGCAACCCAAAUCCUCUUGUCCAGAUGUCGGUCGGUCACAAGGCUCAAGAGAGUAAGAUUCGAUACAAAACCAGUGAGCCAGUGUGGGAGGAAAACUUCACUUUCUUCAUUCACAACCCCAAGCGCCAGGACCUUGAAGUUGAGGUCAAAGAUGAGCAGCAUCAGUGUUCUCUGGGGAGCCUGAGGAUCCCUCUCAGUCAACUGCUUAUGAGUGACAACAUGACCAUAAACCAGCGGUUCCAGCUCAGCAACUCGGGGCCAAACAGCACCUUAAAAAUGAAGAUUGCCCUCCGGGUCCUCCAUCUUGAGAAGCAAGAAAGGCCUCCAGACUACCAGCAUUCAGCUCAAGUGAAACGGCCCUCUGUCUCCAAAGAAGGGAGAAAAAUGCCUGUGAAAUCUCAGAAGUCUGUGUCUCCAAGCACUGGUGGAAGCAACACUGCUCCAUCAACACCAGUCCUGGGAAUCGAUGAUAAGCCUGUCAGGGAGGAGAAGCCCCAGCCCCCUGAGGCCAGCCCUCUAGGGCAGCGUGACCUAGGCAGGAGCUCCUCCAGCCUCUUGGCCUCUCCAAGCCACAUCUCAGCCAAGGAGCCCACCCCAAGCAUUGCCUCAGACAUAUCAUUGCCCAUUGCCACCCAGGAACUGAGGCAGAGGCUACGUCAACUUGAAAACGGGACAACACUGGGACAAUCUCCCCUGGGGCAGAUCCAGCUGACCAUCCGGCACAGCUCCCAGAGGAAUAAGCUCAUUGUGGUUGUGCACUCCUGCAGAAACCUCAUUGCCUUCUCAGAAGAUGGCUCUGAUCCAUAUGUCCGUAUGUAUUUACUGCCAGACAAGAGGAGAUCAGGAAGAAGAAAAACACAUGUGUCAAAGAAGACACUUAACCCUGUGUUCGAUCAGAGCUUUGAUUUCAGUGUUUCCCUGCCUGAGGUACAAAGGAGAACACUGGACGUAGCAGUGAAGAACAGUGGUGGCUUCCUGUCCAAAGAUAAAGGGCUUCUUGGCAAAGUGCUGGUUGCUAUGGCAUCUGAAGAACUCGCCAAGGGCUGGACCCAGUGGUAUGACCUCACAGAAGAUGGAACAAGGCCUCAGGUGAUAACGUAGCCAUGCUGGACAUAAGGCCUUUUUCUCAACGUGUCGCACCACCUCAACAUGGAACUCAACUUCUUGCAGAUGUACCAAUGCUAUUUUUAUAAGUAUUGAGUUAUACAUACCUUAAUAAUUUUAUAAAACUGUUGGUGUUGUAAGAAAAAUUUGGCCAAUAUUAUUGAUAAAUUUCCCAUUGAGUUCCCUCCAGUAUUUCACCGGGCACUGCAGAGUACAGUGGUAAACAGCAGUGUGUUCCUGCUGUGUGGGGCUCUGUCGGCCACAGCUGCUGGAAAGCAGGCACCUGUAUUCCUGAUUUCUGCCUUGUCUUGCAUCCCAGAGGUGCACUACACCAUGUAAAUAGACUCUGUUUUUUUAUACUAUCUACAUGCUGGUUUGGAAGAAGAAAAAAAUGUAUCAAGGAAAUACAUAUUUCUUCUAAAAUUUAUUAGAUUCUGGGACAGAUAAUCAUUUUCAUCUUUACAGCAAAAAGUUCUCAUAACUCUGUUGUAUGAUACAACUUUUUUAAGGGAAAAAUGGAAAGAUUAUUAAAUAUUGGAUAUUUAUAUCUAGUAUUAAUGAUAAAAAGUGUUCAAAUUAACAUUAUUGUAAAUAGGAAGGGAGAUAUAGUGAGAAGACAGUAAAUGACUUAUUUAAAAAGUUUUAUAACUGAGUAAUAGACAAUACCAAGACUAUUGUCAAAGCUCAGGAAUCACAGUAUAUUCAUCUGAAAUUUAUUACAUGAGAAAGAAAUGUGCACUGUUUAUUUAUAAUUGUUUGUUAUAACUGAUUCAUGAAAUAGUACAGAGAUACACACAUGCCAGGUGUAGUACCUCAUACCCGUAAUACCAGGAUAUGGGAGGCCAAGGCAGGAAGACCAAGAGUUAGAGGACCAGCCUGGGCUACACAGCAAGACCCUAUCUUGAAAAAAAGAAAUUCAUACUUUAUAUUUUGCCCAAAGCAUAGGAACUAACCGCCAAUAUUAGGAGAUAAGGUGUUGUCCAGAUUGGAUGCAAGCCUGGUUUCUUUGUCCACGUCUCUAGCCCUAUAAAAAUAGGCCCAUUGUUAGUGUAAAGUGGUAAAACAGAUUGGGUGAGUUCAAGGGGUGUUGUGCUAAAGACUGGCACUGCACCUGCUCUUGGUGGGAGAACCCGGCUCUAUAUCCAUCAUACAGGAUGCACACCUCUGAACGGAGUUUUCUGUACUUCCCCUGAUACAUUAUGUGACAAAAGGAGAGAUCCUGCCCAGCGCCAGCAACAGAAGCUGUCAGUCUUGCCAUUUUCUGGAUGUCCUCAGUUUGUACCAUGUCAGAUCAUAAUAUAGAGAUAGUAUUAUACAAUUUUUAAUUUAGAAUCUUUUUUUUCUUUUUAGAUUAUAUAAAGCAUGUUUUACAUACGUAAGAGACCCCUAGCACCCCUUGUAAGGUGAGGCUAUAUCACAGUAUUAUAAGCUAUGCAUGUCUAAACAAAGUACACACAAAUGUAGGAAGACUUUCUCAGUAUGCAUUUUAAGCUGUGGGAUGAGAAGGGCUUCUCAGCUAUGAAAUCCUUUGAAACUAUGUACACUUAUAGCAGGAAAAUACAGCUUUGUAAUCAAAAUUCGAAUAAUUCCUUUCACAUUCUUCCUGGAACUAAACAACUUAUGGGAAGCUUAUGUGACCAAACAUACCAAAGUGCCUAUGAUGAAUGCCGAGUGUUCCUUUUACACUCUCCUCCUGUCUAGCAGAUGAAAGUGUGCCUCAGUUUGUAAUGUACCAUGGGUGCAUUUGUAACAGUCUGUGGCUUUUCACAGCACAUCCCAGGUAGUCAUAGGGCCAGAGUAACCUCACUCUCUUGUCUGUUGACACCUUCCUUUGAAUCUUGUUAAUAAAUCUUUUUCUAUUAGUGUGCAGGAUUGGUUUUUGUGGGAGAAAGUUGAUGUGUAUGUCACAUGAACAUAUAUCACAUUAAACAUUAAGGGUGGCAUUUAGUCACAGGAGAAAGACAAGUGAUAACUUAUUAAACUUGUUGCUUGACCAUGCUAUUAGAUUUUUUAAAGUAUCUUUUUAAUUAAGUUCACUGAAGGGCUACUGUCAUAAUCUAUAAGGAGAUUUUCUUGAUGAAAUUUUAUCAUGUCAGUGGUUUUUCACCAACAACCUAAACAUCUUGGUUUUGUGCCCAUAUGCUUAAUCUGUUCAGUGUGAUUUUAUUUAAUAUAAUACUUUUCUUAACAACUAGGCAAAUUGAGUAUUAUUAAGGAUACGAUACUCUAAUAAGUAAAUGUAACACCUCACUAUGAUGCCCUCUGCUGCAGUCACAAAAGCUGGCACCACUGAGCUCAGGUGCAGUCUCCCUGCCUGCGUCAUCUGAAUCCUCUAGUAGCUGUCUCCACACUCUUUGGAAAGGAGAGAGAUUCUGGUAAUACCAGCCCACUGCCUGAAGGCCGUCCUGUGUCCUGCCUGGGGGGAACUGAGUUCCCCUCAGGGCACGUUCCGCUGUCCUGAAGAUGGAAGACACUUUGGGUUCUCAGAAUAUUAACUUUUAGUUUUUAAUGACUUAUCUAGGAAAGAAGAACUUUUAAGUUUUCUACUCUGAGCCAAACCAACGAGAGAAAAUUGGUGAUUUGAAGUGCAGCUCACUAACUUAUUCACGUGGUGGCUUAUCUUGUGCCUUAAGUACCAAGGGAUUGUCAAGUUUAGAUGACAACAGAAGCAGCCCUGAAACUCUGUGUGCCACCAUUUGUAUCCUGUGCUCUAGAUUUUUCUCCACAGACAGUCCCUAUGCACAGGCCAGGCCUUAAGAGAUUUUAGAAUUAUUUCAAAAUCCUCAGGCAGAUGCAGAGAGCAUAGGUGCUGGCUAUGUAUUCUCUGGUUGCUGCAAUGACUGGUCCCACCUGGAUUGUCCACUGUAGAAGAGAAACAUAGAGGGUUGGUUUUUGGUUUUUGUUUUUUAAUCACAGAAUGUGCUUUUGCUUAAUUAAUUUUACAUAACAGCACACGUAUUUAUUCAAUAAAACUUUUGUUAGCUCACUUGUAAUAAGUUUUUUUGUUUGCCUCUUGAAAUGAAAGUUUUAGUGUAGAAACAGAUAAUUUGGAAAGUCCACAUGCUACAUCAUGCAUAUUUGCUGUUUGUGCAUUCUCUCAUUGUUCAAGAGGUUUGAGAUUACUCAUUCCCAUCUCAAUUUGACUCUUCUCUGCGUAGCUCCCAGAGUCUGACUGGGUUUUGCAAGCAGCUCUUUGAAGGGCAGUGGUUGAAUAGUAAAAGCAGACUAAAUAAGACUAAAACACUUGUAAGUCCUUAAACAACCUGCAGAGAUAGGUGCUGUUUGAACAAUGAGGAAAUAGUUGUGUAUCUAGUGUCUCAGCAGGCCUAAGGAAACACUCUGUGGUCUUUCUUAGGCAUCUUCCCAUCUAACACUAUCAGUUUCUUUGCUUAUAUGCCGAAAUGCCAGCUUUGCUUGGCCUUGUUUGUUUGUUGACAGGGUAGCCAAAACUGGCUUCCAACCAGCAGUCCUCUUGCCUUAGCUUCCUAAAUGCUGAGAUUAUAACUGUGUGCUCCAAAUUUAGUUUCUUUGUCCUUCAUAAUGCCUUACUUUACAUCCCUCCAUUAAAAAAAAAAUCAGAACACCAUGCAUGCUGGACAAGCACUCUAUCACUGCGUCACACUUGACCCUUUGGGUAUCACUCGUCACUGUUGGUAUUUGUAAAAGACCUUUUUCUUGUUUCUCUUACCUAGGAUCUAAGUAUUGAAGUGCACGUUUUUCCUUCUCUUUUUCAUUUUUAUUUGUAUUCUUAAUACCACUGACCAUCUGUGUCACAAACAGACUUUCCUUCAGCACUGAAGGCCAGUGUGUCAUGUUCCCUCUAAAGCAUCUGUUCUAGGAGGUCUUAGUAGGGUUCCCUCUUUUUUGUCUCUGUCUAGUUACCUGAGCUAGGGCUUUGAACAGCAUCAUGCCCUGGCUGCCUCCCUUGUACACACAUAUACUGAUCUUCAUUCAGUCCUGACUUGAUACAGCCUUAAGCUGGCCUUGGUCAACUCCCAGGUUUCAGCUGCCCCCAUCUUUGUUUUUUAUUAACAUCCAGAGGGAUCUUUUAAAAAACGUAGUGCUAUUUCAUUUGUAUUUUAAUAAAUAAACUUGCCUAAAGAUCACAGAGUAAAAUAUCUACACUGAUCAGCCAUCCAGACCAGGCAGUGGUGGCACACACUUUAAUCCCAGUAGCCACACUAGUUCGCCAUAGAAACCAGGCGUAGUGGUGCACGCCUUUAAUCCCAGCACUAGAGGGGACUAUAAACCACGAUGAGACAGGAACUUGUGCUUUCAGUCUGAGGGUUUCUUAGAAGUAAGAGCUCUCCAGUGACUUGGCUGCUUUGCUUUUUUAUUAAUCAUGCUACAAAAAAACAAACACUACUGUUUUCCUUUGCCCUUGCACUUAACACUAAGAGCCUAUAGCUCCCAUGCCCUGAGACUUCGCCAGCCACAAAUUUCCUCCAGGGUCUGCUUGUACUCGUUUAAUUACCAUGGUUCUUCCCACCUCUGCAUACCAUGACAUUCUUCCCAGGACACUGACCUGAACAGUGUCCACUUCCCUUCACAUCAAUUUAAGGUUGACUGCCUCAGUAUCUGUUAUCAGUAGUCUAACCAUAAAUAGCCUCCCCAGCACAGACCCUUGGCACUGUAUUGCUCCUCUUCAUCUUACUUAGGAAGUUUUGCUUGAGCACUACUUAUAAUUUUUCUCUCUGAACUAUAAACCACAAAAAGUAGAGACUGUGUGAGUGUUAAUUUUUGAUAGCUGUCCUUAGCAUGCAAAUGAUAAUCCAAAUCUGUUGAAUAAAUGAUCUAUAAACAUUGACUGACCAUAUAAGACUCCUGUUUUGAUGAGUUCUCACUCAAAGAAUUUUAGUUACCUCUGGACGGUUUUAUUAUAGGCUGAACAUAAAUUUAUGUUCAGUUAAAAACAUCACAAAAAUGAGAAAUUUAGGAAGUCUUAAUUUAUUUGAUUUAUUCUGAAAUUCCUGGACAUCUCACUGUAAAAAGAAAUUGUCUUUAAUGUAUAUACUGAGAGGGAAAGGUAUCUUCAGAAAUGGUUGUCUACUUGGAAACUACAAAAGAAUAGCCUUAAUAAAUAAAUACCUUGGAUUAAA